UAACCAUCUUGUCUCUUCAGUUUAAUUAGUUGACGCCGAAACCCACAUCUAUAUAUGCGAAGAGAACGCGAUUCCAUCAGAACACAGAUCAUAAGAUGGAGAAACUCGCAUCGUCAAACGGAUUUCACCUUCCCUUGUUCAGCUUAUUGCUGCCAUUCUUCGCUGCGACGAAUUCUAUAGAUGACGCGGCCAGCGCCAGGAUCACGGCAUUACCGGGACAACCUAUGGACGCGUCUGUUUCUCAGUACUCGGGUUACGUGAGGAUAAGCGAGAAGAAGAAGAUGUUCUAUUGGCUGGUCGAAGCGUCGUCGGAUGCGGACUCUAAACCUCUUCUCCUGUGGCUCAGUGGAGGACCCGGUUGCUCGUCGAUUGGGUGGGGAGCUUUCCAAGAGAUCGGACCCUUUCAGGUGCUGCCCAACGGGGAACUUGCUAAGAGAGAAAUCUCAUGGAACACUGAGGCAAAUUUGCUCUUCCUCGAUUCCCCUUUCGGUGUAGGAUAUUCUGUUCGCCCCGCUCUUGAGCAAGAUGGAGAUAACAGCACUGCCACGGACAAUUACGCGUUUCUAAACAAAUGGCUUGAAGUCUUCCCGAAAUUCAAGCACAGAGACUUUUAUCUUGCCGGAGAGAGUUAUGCAGGCCAUUAUGUACCACAACUCGCUCAAGUGAUUGUGAAUGGAAACAAAGGGAUCGCCCGACCGAUUAUCAAUCUGAAGGGACUCCUGAUAGGAAAUCCUCUUCUUGACCCAAAAUCUGGAGAUCCUGGAAGGUGGGAGUUCUAUUGGAAUCAUGGGCUUAUUUCAGACACUACGUACGAAAACAUGAAGAAGUUUUGCUCUGUGGGUAGAGCUUCGGAAGGCUGCUCUAAAGCAUGGCGAGAAGCAGGUGAUAAUGAAAUGGGACCUGUAAAUUUCUUCAACGUAUACGCUAGACCAUGUGCGGAUAACUCCAUACAGGAUCUGCUGUAUAGAGACUGGAACGGAUUCUGCCUGGAGGCCGACACACAGAAGUACCUGAAAAGGAAGGAUGUCCAAGAGCGCUUCCACGUCGACACCGUCUACAUUCCAUUGAACUACACCCUCUGCAGUGAACCGCAAGUCAAAAUCAGAUAUACCAGAAGUGACAGAGAGGUGUCGGUCCUGCCGGUCCUUAAAGAACUCAUAGACACCGGCUUGCAGAUUUGGAUAUACAGUGGGACAACAGAUGCAGCCGUUCCUUUGCAAAUGACUCGGCGUAACAUUGCAGCGCUGAAAUUGACAGUACAGGAGAAAUGGUACCCCUGGUACCAUCGCAAACUGCUUGCAGGUUGGAUCGAGAGAUAUGAAGGCUUGACGUUGGUUGCCGUGAUGGGCUCGGGACACGAAGUGCCGAUGUAUCGCCCCUCCCAGGCACUUACUAUGUUCAAGAGCUUCCUGUCUAAUGCGCCAAUGCCCAAGCCACCACCUGCAAAGAGCCGCUAAGCCUGAAGCCACUUGAGCAAUGAUCCCACAAACUCUCAUAUCUAUCGUUAAACGAAACGGUUUCCGGUCAAUCUUUUGUGUGCUCGAUGCAAAGCUAUUGAAGCGCUCGCAGAAUGCUAGAAGCUUGGAAAUUCAUAAGAAGUAGUUGGUUGGAAGUGCUUGAUAUUUUCUCUUGUUAAUUCCAAGUUCUCGGCUAGCAUG